AUGAGUUCAAAUAAUACAGUUUUGUACUUUACGCAAGAAUUGACUCGUUUAUUGAAAGCUGCUCAAGAAGAAUGGGGCGUAAGUGCAGAAAGUACAAAGGAAAAUAGAGCCAGUUCUGAGGCGAAAACCUUUCCACAGUCUUUAUCUGUACAUCCACUUGGUCCUGUAAACAUGUCUCAACUCGCAGCUGAAUUUUCCAAAAACAUAAGUAUGAUACGAGAAAUUUUAAAAAGAUUUCGUGAUUCUUUACAUAAUGCCGCAAGUUGUGGACCACAAGCAGAAUCGCAUAUACGUAAAUAUAUUCAUAAUUUAAGAGAGAAAGCACAAAUUACUGGGAUUCUUACAGACACACAAGAGAAUCUAACCAUUUGCAAAGGCAUGAUCUUGGAUGCAUGUACUGAUUACAUGGCCGAUUCUCAGCUUACUAUGAAACAGGUGGAAUUCGAUGAAAUCUCGCAACAGAUAUCAAAAGUGAGAGUUAAUUAUGGUUCCGAAACAGCUCAGGAUCCUAAUGUCGAUAAUCUAUUGACCGCCCAAUUACAAUCUAGGAAUAUCAAACUUUUUCGGAAAAAUUUUUCAGCAUUGCACAAACUUGAUGAAUUCUGCAAAAACUAUUCGGAAAAUGAUUUUUUUUUUGAACGGAUUAAAUCCCUGAGCACCGAUAUAUUUUCCAUAUAUGAAAGAGAACGGGUUAUAGUCCAAGAUGAUACUUCUAGAAUAUUGACACAUGGUCAUGGUCUUCCAUUGAAUAAUAUGGAUAAAAUUGGUCCUUCUAUUGCUUUUUGGGCUCCUCGUUAUGUUAUUUUGGAAACGAAUUGGGAGCUAACGGUAGUAAAGCAAAUUUUGAAUCAAGGACAAAUAAGUGUCAUGCACGAUUCUUUAAAAAGAUUUCAUCGCCUAUGGAUCACCAUGGAGGAAUCACAUGUUAUGAAUGAAUUUUUGCCUUCGAAUACUUCAUAUUUGUUGGUUGGUGACGAUAUAGAUGAGAAUCUCAAAUCGAGGUUUGACGUUAUCCCAGAUGCCACUUGUACAAAUAUUACUUCGCAUAUUACAUCAGAACCUUCGCCGCCAUUGAAAUUUAUAUGCCCCAAGAAGGAUGCUAUCGAAUCAGCAUAUGUUCAAUUUGUGGCGUGGCUUGAACCAGCAGUGUAUGUUUCUGAUAGUGUAGCGAGGACGAUUGGAAACCUUGCUUCUAUAAAAAGCAGAGGUCACAUUGUAAGCUCAAUGUUUGAUAGUAGUAAUAUGGUAGAGGCUAUUUCUUUAGAAAAACUCCUAAUUCAAGACGCUGUUCCGAAUCCUACAUUGGCCACACUUUCCAGUUCACUAAGUUUGGAAGCACGCUGGGAGAUGCAAAUUGAUGAGUCAUCACCUUUACAAAUUUAUAGUUUUGCAAGUCAAGAUCAGACUUAUGCACGAAAAAUUGACCGUAUUCCUUUUAUACACCCUGUUGACCUUUAUGAGGCAAUAAAGCUUUUACGGCAGCAACUUACCUUUAACACUAUAUUCCAAAGCAUCUUUAAUUCAACUAGUUAUCGACCAACGUCUCAUUUCGUGCAUUCUGAAGAAACAAUGUUCGGAGAAACCAUUCCAUCAUCUAUCAAUCUGAAAGUCAUGACCCAAGAACCACCCAAACAAAUGCUACUCACCCUCGAGCUUCCCAAACAAUCUUCACUAUCAUUACAAAUAGUGAUACUGACCGAGGACGGGCAACCAUAUGUGGUGACGUUGCAAGGCGAAAGUGCUGAAUACGACCGGAAAAUGACACAAGUAUUACAAAUGUGUCAAAAUGUACCGAUGCUUGUCAGAUGGAUAUGGAAGUCGAUGAUGAGUUCGGAUGUUGCUGCAGAUGACGGUAUAAGCAGUAUUGUUGUAAAGAUAAAUGAGGAUGACGGUGAACAUCAAAACGGAAAUGAGAGUGUGGCUCCGUUGGUGAUUCAAAUGCAAGAUGCUAAUAUAAUUGAGACUGGUGAUGUGCAACCAUUCACUUUGGAGGAAUUAAAAGAUUUAAGUUAG